UUGAGUGUUCCAGCAGGACAACGUAGGGUAACUUUAAGGUUUUGGAGCCUCAACCCCAAUGAAAAUUCAGAAAUUAAGAAAUGUCUGACCAUACAAAAGAUAUUGCAGAGAAGACAAAUAGGAUUAACUAUAAUUAAUUAACUAUAAUUGCUAUAGUUUAUAACUUUUUUUUUUUAUUUAGAUAAUUUCUAAUCUAGUUCACUCAGACCUGAGAUUAUUUUUUUUUACUGAUUAGGGCAGAGUUUCCUUUUGUGCAUCUUAACUGGGAAAAGAGAGAUUGAGAGAAAGAGAGAGAGAGUGUGUCCAAGUGUGAUAGUGUUCUCCUUCUACCAUUUCACACUGAUCUUUGUGCUUCGAUGCUUGUGGGAAACUCAGCCCAGAGUGUCUAAUGUAAUAGUCAUCACACUGAAUGGCGAGGCCGUGCAUGGUGCAGCAUUAAGAUCAGCUCAGAUCCCCAUUAGACCAUAACAGGAGUUGGAGACAAAAUGGACAAACGGCGCAGUUGGAUCGUUGCAUCGGCUGCGCUUCUGCUCUUCUUGUCUGUGGCUCUGCUCUUGCUCACGGUGCAUGUGGAUGAGAUCCAGGAGCCUCCACAAAAUAUGUAUGGGAUCGUCCUGGAUGCUGGUUCCUCUCACACGACCAUGUACGUGUACAGAUGGCCGGCGGACAAACAGAACGGCACGGGCGUGGUAACCCAGCACAGUGACUGCAAGGUGAAAGGCGGAGGUAUUUCUAGUUAUGCUGGUCAGCAGGGCGCUGCAGGUCGCAGUCUGGAAGCAUGCCUGAAACAAGCCAUGGUGGACGUUCCUCAAGCACGCCAUCACCUCACACCCGUGUACCUGGGAGCUACGGCAGGCAUGAGGCUCUUGAACAUGUCCAGCCCUGAGAAGUCAACGCAAGUUCUGCAGGAAGUGGAACAAGCCAUCAAAUCAUUUCCUUUCAAAUUUAAAGGAGUGAAAAUCUUGAGUGGGAAGGAGGAAGGAGCCUACGGAUGGGUCACCGUCAACUAUCUCCUAGAAAACUUCAUCAAGUAUGGCUUUGUAGGCCGGUGGUUAAACUCGGGCAGACAGACGGUUGGUGCGCUGGACUUAGGAGGAGCGUCCACUCAGAUCACGUUUGUCAACCAGGAGAAAGUCGAGGAUUUGGAGAACAGCAUGACUUUGCGUCUCUACGGACAGGACUAUUCUCUGUACACACACAGCUACCUGUGCUAUGGAAAAAUGGAGGUUCUGCGCCGACUUCUGGCCCAUCUCUUUGCGACACAAACCAGCACCGGCACCGUGCACCAUCCGUGCUACCCUUCUGACCACAGAGAGACCCUGAAUCUCCGAGACGUCUUUGAUUCGCCUUGCAUCAAAACACAGCGGCCUGCAUUAUAUAACCCUGAGACACCUUUGAUCAUACGAGGCACGGGCAACUACCAGCACUGUCUGGGGAAUGUAUCCGAGAUCUUCUCCUUCAAAAACUGUCGGUUCUCCCGGUGCUCCUUUGAUGGAGUCUUCCAGCCCAACACCAGUGGCAGCUUCAUGGCUUUUUCAGCCUUCUUCUUCACGCACAGCUUCCUAAAGAUGAGCACAGGCAUUUCCAGCAGCACCCCGGAUCAGCUCCAGCAGGCCGCUCAGGCUGUGUGUAACAUGUCCCUCGUGAAGAUGUCUAAGGAUUUUCCAGAACAGAAGUCAUACCUAAGGGAUUACUGUGCGCUUAGUGUAUACAUCCAGGUUCUUCUGCUGAAGGGCUACGGCUUCGACGAUCUCUCCUUCCCCAGAGUUUCCUUUCAGAGAAAAGCUGGGGACUCCUCUCUAGGCUGGGCGUUGGGUUACAUGCUGAGUAUGAGUAAUAUGUUACCCGAGGAGAGUGUAAAUUCGAGAAGAGCCCUGCACCCUGGAGCCUGGAUCUCCCUCCUGCUUCUCCUGGCACUCCUCAUCAGCAGUAUGCUCAUAUUCAUCGUUCUUCAAGCAAGCCGAAAGAACAAGAGUAACGUCUGAUCGCGACCGAUCAGGGGCGAAUAAGGAUGGCACCUGCUUCCCUUUUAGGAUGUGAAAAAGCUGGAAAAUAAUUAAAUAAGACUUUCUAAUCUCUUAGAAACAAGCAAAAGUAUUUAUAGUACAGCAAAGUGGAAUUAUUAAUAACAUUAACCACCUGAGAUAGUCGUUUUAGCCUCUUGGUUUUGUGAGACUGGAUUUAAGACACUGAAUCUUAUAUACAUAUAUAAAAUGAGCCAGUAAUAUUGUAUUAUACGGACAAAUUUCCAUUAAUUCCUAUGGAAUGGCACAUGUUCCAAGAGCCCUGAUGCUCAUCCCAAACAGUUCGGGGUACAGGGGUUAGCAACACUACUUCACUACGGAAACACUAAUCAGCCAACGAUGCAUGUCUUUAGACUGUUGAGAAACAAAGGUACCCAGACAAAACCCAUCAAGCACAGGAAGAACUCAGACCACGCACACAGAGUCGAGAUUCAAACCCCCAACGCUGGAGGUACGAGGCAACCGUCCUAACCAUCGAGUCAUGAUGCCUGGAACUGUAUUGUUUUAAUAGAAUUUUUUUUUAUUAACAUUUUAAAUAAAAUUAGCUCUCUUAGUGUAAAAUUAAUUAACCCAGAUAUCCAGGGGAUGUUAGCUAAACAUUAUUACAGACUUUUUUUUUUUAACUGUGUUUAACUAUAAA